GCUACCACUGGCACCAUGUCCUACCAAUACCCGGCACUGACCCCGGAGCAGAAGAAGGAGCUGACUGACAUCGCUCAUAGAAUUGUGGCUCCGGGCAAGGGCAUCCUGGCUGCAGAUGAGUCCACCGGAAGCAUUGCCAAGCAGCUGCAGUCCAUUGGCACUGAGAACACGGAAGAGAACAGACGCUUCUACCGCCAGCUGCUGCUGACUGCUGAUGACCGUGUGAAUCCCUGCAUUGGGGGGGUGAUCCUCUUCCACGAAACACUCUACCAGAAGGCGGAUGAUGGACGACCCUUCCCCCAAGUUAUCAAGUCCAAGGGCGGUGUUGUGGGCAUUAAGGUAGAUAAAGGUGUGGUGCCCCUGGCGGGAACCAAUGGCGAGACCACCACCCAAGGGCUGGAUAGGCUGUCUGAACGCUGCGCCCAGUAUAAGAAGGAUGGAGCUGACUUUGCUAAGUGGCGUUGUGUGCUAAAGAUUGGGGAGCACACUCCCUCAGCCCAUGCCAUCAUGGAAAAUGCCAAUGUUCUGGCCCGUUAUGCCAGCAUCUGCCAGCAGAAUGGCAUUGUACCCAUUGUGGAGCCUGAAAUCUUCCCUGAUGGGGACCAUGACUUAAAGCACUGUCAGUAUGUAACUGAGAAGGUACUGGCUGCUGUCUACAAGGCUCUGAGUGACCACCAUGUCUAUCUGGAAGGCACAUUGCUGAAGCCCAAUAUGGUCACCCCAGGCCAUGCCUGUACCCAGAAAUUUUCCAAUGAGGAGAUUGCCAUGGCAACUGUCACAGCACUUCGUCGCACAGUGCCCCCUGCUGUCCCUGGGAUCACUUUCCUGUCUGGAGGGCAGAGUGAGGAACAGGCUUCUGCCAACCUCAAUGCUAUCAACAAGUGCCCACUGCUGAAGCCAUGGGUCUUGACUUUCGCUUACGGCCGAGCCCUGCAGGCCUCUGCUCUGAAGGCCUGGGGUGGGAAGAAGGAAAACAUGAAGGCUGCCCAGGAGGAGUACAUCAAGCGAGUCCUGGCCAACAGCCUUGCUUGUCAAGGAAAGUAUACCCCAAGUGGUCAUUCUGGAGCUGCAGCCAAUGAAUCUCUCUUCCUCCCUAACCAUGCCUACUAAGCAGAGGCGGUCUAA